CGACUUCCCCGCAAAAUCCACAUCAGCUUAUCAGAGCUAACCUCCCACCAGUCACACAAGCUACCUGCCUUGGGGUCCUAUCUGUAAGCCUAGUCGCAUACCACUCAAACAACAUUCGCCGACCGCACUCGUGUGCAUCAAUCUCUGCAAGCGUACAACGGUCCAUUCGCCUAUAUCUUCAACAGUUCAAUCGAAACCCUAGAAAUCAAUUAGCCGAUUUCCUUGCCGCCAAAUACAUCAUCUGACGCUCACUCCUCACCACUCAAUAUCAUGUCUGCUCAAGAAGUUACUCCGCCAAAUGGUGCCGACACGGUUCCUAUGGAUUAUAAGCUUGACGCCGACGAGGGUCGAUUGGGCCCGGAGGGCGAGCCCGCCCCUAAGACGGACGAGGAAUACGCUGCAACCCAAUUGACGCUUCGUGCCAUUGUCUCAUCUAAAGAAGCUGGCAUCAUCAUCGGUAAAGGUGGUAAAAACGUCGCUGAUCUCCGUGACGACACAGGUGUCAAGGCUGGCGUAAGCAAGGUAGUUCAGGGUGUCCACGACCGGGUUUUGACUAUUACUGGCGGUUGCGACUCUGUCUCCAGAGCAUAUGCUUUAGUAGCUCGUUCUCUGCUGGAAGGAGCUCCGGCUAUGGGAAUGGGAGGUGUUAUUCAGUCAAAUGGAGGAACUCAUCAGUUGAAAAUGCUUAUUUCCCAUAACCAAAUGGGAACCAUUAUCGGUCGGGGCGGCCUCAAGAUCAAGCACAUCCAAGACGUGUCGGGUGUGCGUAUGGUCGCGCAAAAGGAUAUGCUUCCUCAAUCCACUGAGCGCAUUGUUGAACUAACGGGCAAUCCCGACGGCAUCCAACGAGCCAUUUGGGAAAUCUCUAAAUGCUUAGUCGACGACUGGCAGCGUGGUACCGGUACCGUACUCUACAACCCAAGUGUCCGCACAACUCCAGGUGGUGCGGGGUCUAUAGGUGGUGUUGGCGGUACUGGCGGAUCGCCGUAUGGUACAUCCAGCAGAGGCGAUUACGGUUCACCACGCGUAAUGCGCACGGGAAAUGGCGCCGACUUCAGCAAUGGGGCUUCACGUCCGUUCAACAAUCGCCGCUCGGAUUCUGACGCAGCCACCCGUGGCCCUCCUACUCACGAUGAGAAUGGAGAAGAAAUACAAACACAGAACAUUAGUAUUCCGGCGGACAUGGUUGGCUGCAUCAUCGGCCGGGGUGGCCAGAAAAUUAGCGAAAUUCGCAAGGCCUCCGGUGCUCGCAUUUCAAUUGCCAAGGCGCCACAUGAUGAGACAGGCGAGCGAAUGUUCACCAUCAUGGGAACAGCCAAGGCUAAUGAGAGUGCUCUCUUUUUGCUGUACGAGAACCUCGAGGCUGAAAAAAUGCGACGCAGCCAGGUGCAGUCGCCCGAGUAAUUGGCGGUAUUUGCUUUCACUAGGAUUGGACGGCGUCCGUACUGAAACAGAACGUUCAUACAUUUGUCUAGGACAUCUUUAGUGUGGGGUUCGGUUUGGUGACAUGCCCUGCGUUAGGGGGAGACUUCCAGAUCUGACUUGCCGCAAGGCUCCUGCUCCAGGUGAGAUAUCCACGAAACGACUUUACGAUAAAUUUUCCUCCUCUUCAGCCUCCGAAAAAAUAAAAACACAAACGAUCCAACUCAUCUUCUUAUUAUCCGCUUUCUUAAUCGUGCCCUCGGUCCAGCCAAUACGACGUGGGCAGUCUGGCAAUCAAACAUCGGCUUGUACAGGCUCAUAAUCCAGAUUCUACCGACUACAAACAAUCCUUAUCACCACAAUGAAUCCGUAUACUGCCAAGG